AUGUCGUAUAUGCCUCCCACUCCUCUUACCAUGAACGAUGACCCCAUCGUGAAGGAGUCAGGCUUCACUAUUUCCGGCAUCUCAAAUGAGCAGGGCGAAGGUUGGCAAGUGGUUGGCGAUGACAUACAGGCGUUGCUGGCGGUACUGCAACAAGGACAGGAAGUGAUGUGCCAGCCAGGAGCUAUGGUCUCCACCACGGGUACGGUAGAGCCGGAGCUCACCACAGGGGGCUGCUUCAACGGAUGCAAACGGUGCUGGUGUGCUGGAGAGCUGUGCUGUCGCACGCACUACAAGAACGUCAACGGCCGGCUGGAGCAUGUGACAGUCUCGCCCCCUUACCCAUCCAAGAUCAUCCCGGUGUCGAUGAACGAGCAUACUAGUGGCCUGUACAUCACCCGCCAGUCAUGGCUUGCAUCUGUAGGGAGGGAUGCAGACUUCAAUGUUUCAUGCAUGCCUAGCUUCAGUCAGUGUUGCUGUCUUGGGCUGGGAUGCUGCAUCCCAUCCCUCGUGGGUAGUGGUUAUUCUUUCCUCGCUGGAGGAGGUACGGUUAUGAAGAAGACUUUGAGAGAAGGCGAAUCAGUUGUCGUGCAAACAACUGCAUUGCUCGCUUGGGACAAGAAAGUGAAACUGGAAGGAGCAUGUGCGGGUGGACCUGGAGUAGUCUGUUGCGGUGGCAUGGGAUUCUGCACUGCCAAAUUCACAGGUCCUGGCACCAUCUACGUGCAGAGCAUGAGCUUUAGCAAGUGGGCCAUGUCGUACAUGAGACCGUAA